GUUUUCUAUGCUUGUUUAGUCUUCGUUUGAUUCAUUCCCCACAUCGUCUCUGUAACCACUUUACCUACAUGAAAGAUCCAAAUUAGGAUUAUCAUCCAGAUUCUGGAAAAUGUGUUCACUUGAUGUAUUUUCUGUCUCCCUGUUGUUGAGUCACACGGACUCCAGGUCUUAAACGACGGAAAGGUUUCCUUUCAUUGCCGUCUAUAUACGUGUUGUAUUUGUAUAUUUUACCAUCCUACCAGCCUGAAGCCCGGAGACGCAAACCCUUGUUGUCCUCUAGGUGGCGUCCCGUCUGAAGGACGCUGGAUUAGCCCGCGGCCAAUGGUGAUGCUGAGGAGAUUAUUCAAACGGCAUCUAAAAAAAGCUCCCCACCCUCUGUGUGAGCGAGUGAACUCUCGCCGUGGACUUCAGCUGCCUGUUGAAAGCCAUGGCUGCGUUUUACCGGACUCUUCUCCUGCUGUCUGCGGCCGCCGCCUCCUCGGCGCCGCCCGGCUCCCCGCGGACAAGAAGGGGGCUGCUGGAGCUGGCGGGAGCCAUCAAGUGCAGCACGGGGAGGUCCGCCUUGGCCUACAUGGUGUACGGGUGCUACUGCGGACUGGGGGGUCAGGGCUGGCCCCGAGACAAGGCGGACUGGUGUUGCCACAGACACGAUUGCUGUUACGGAGACGCAGAACGUCUUGGCUGCCAAACCAAAACCGACCAGUACCAGUGGACCUGUGAGGACGAGAAAGCAGAGUGUGAUGAUUUGAAGGACAAAUGUGAAAAGCUGCUUUGCAGAUGUGACAGAAACGCUGCCAGAUGUCUGAGAAAAGCACCUUUCAUCCCCAAAUUUGCCCUCUGGCCGGAUUUCCUCUGCGGCCACCAACACCCAAUGUGUAACAUUUACUGACGCAAUAAAUGCGUGUCCCGUGUGCCAAUCAAACACAACACGGGACAGUAAUAAUGCUCAUCGCAUACUAAUUCCAGUUGUGCUGGGGUUUUUUUUUACUGUCUUUUAAUAAAAACAUGAGAAGUAAAACAGUGUUGGGUUUAUAUUGUGUUAUGAUAUUAUAUUGUGCUUGAUCGAAUCUCGGUCCAAAGGUCAAGUGUUAAUCAGCGAUGGAAGGGUCAGAUAGGGCGCUUGUUUGUGAAACCGCCUCAUGAGUCUGAAGUUGCCUUUGAGCUUCGUUGACUGUGCUUCAUCCAUCUGGGUUUGAAGAUGCUAUUUCUUUAUUAAUGGUUUAGAAGCUAAUAGCUAUUAAGUGAUGUCAUAAACCGUUAAUAGCAGAUUAUGAACCCAGAUCUUAUUGGCCGUUUGUUCUCGUUAUUGUAAUAUUAAAGAAACGCAGUACACACAAAUAACUGUUGCAUUGUGGGAUGUCUCUACAGAAAUGAAUGGUGUUUUUGAAUUUAAUAGAUAUUACUCAAUUAUAUCAACAUAUGUACAUCUAUGUACUUAUGAAUCUACCUGUAUAUGUAUAUAUGAUAUGUAUGCAUAUAAAACGCGCAUGAAGUUUG